ACUAAAAAAUUUUAGAAGUAAAUUUUACCUUCGCAACGGAUAAAAAAAUAAAAACUUUCUGGUUGAAAUGGAAAGUAAAUCUUCCAAUAAAACCACUUCCAAUAAAAGGUUAAGAAGUACUAAUAAAAGCAAAAAGAAAAGAGAAAAUCUUAAAAAAAUAAAAAGCAUCAUCCAACAAGAAAAUUGUGACGUACUACUAAAUGGAAAUUAUGAUGAUUGUGAAAUAAAUCUUUCACAAAAGAUCUUCGAUGAUUCAACCAAUAUAAAUCUCAUAGAAAAUAUUGAAAAUUCAAAUAAAAAAAACUCUGGAGAAAAUAAUUGUGAAAAAAAUGAGAAUAAAAUUGAUGUUAAAGCUAAACUUGAUGAAAAUGUCAAACAGAACAUUGCUCAACACAUUGAUUCAUUCAAGCAGACAACUGAUUUUAAUGUUUCUGACACCAAAAAUAACGCUGAUUGUUCUCAAAUUGCUGUUCAAUUAACUCAAGAAACCAUUUCUACAUAUAGUUUUUGUAAUGAAGUUAUCUUAAACAACACCCAGAUUGUCAAUGAAAAAGAAAUUGUAUUAAACAACACCCAGAUUGUCAAUGAAAAAGAAAUUGUGGAAAGUAAUAGUUUAGAUGUUUCUGAUUCACAACUUUAUGGCAUUGAAGUUGAAGAUUAUGAAGAAUCUACAAAAGUUGCUAUUGAAAAAAUGAUCAAAUCAGAAAACUUUGGAAUAUCAGUGUGGGCGGAUGAUAGCAAGUUGCUUGCAGAUCUAACCUAUAUAAAGUCACCAAGGCCAGAAUGUUGUUAUGGAAUCUGUGCAUUGGUGUGUUGAUGCUAUUUUGCUGCUUUUUGGUACAGCUUGGUUAUUUUUUUGGUAUGAGUAAAUCUUUUUACUUUUUUACAGUCAGAUAAUCCGGGGUUCUGCAGAUAUGAUUUAUGAAUUUCAGAGGAUAACGUUUUAUUCUCAAAUUCCUUUUUCUUCCAGGUCCUGAUUGUUAAAGAUGAUGAUGGUUAUUCCUUGUCAGAUUUCACAACCAGAGAAACAGUUGACUAACUUUGACUAGUUUAGAAAUAGUUUUAUAUGAUGAUUCAGUAUUUUUUUAAGUAAAUGCGCAAAAUUCUUUUAUGGCUCAUUAGUUCUUUUAAAAGCAUACUUGAUUAUAACCUUUCAGCAAGUUUUUGUUUAUGUUUUUUGUAAAAUAGAAAUAUUGGGCUUUGUUUUUGUUUAAAAAGUUUUUUUAUAAUUUUUAUUUUGUUGUUAAUUUAAAGCUCUUAAGGUUGAGUCAAUUUUCCUCAGUAACAUUUUGAUAUGAACCUAAUGUGUAAGAAAUGGUAAAGGGUGACCUUUUUCAAAAGAUAAAUUAAACCAAUAA